AUGGCUCUCGAAACAAUAUUAAUUUCUGUCGGCAUAAAAAUUCUAUCCUCUGCGGUGGGCUUACUGGUCGGCAAAGUUUACGACUAUUUAACAAAGAAACCCGAUUUAUCGAAUGAAGAAUUGCGUCAAAUAAUUGUUCGAGAUUUGAACGACAUCAAGUCAAAACUCGAUUGUAUCUCGUUGAAAGAUCUCGGUGCCAGUUAUAGUUUCCUAAGAGAAGGAGUAAGAGUGUUAAAUCUUGCUCUUGAUAAGUGGAAUGAAGAUCAGAAAGCGAGCGAGGGUCCAACAGACGAAGCAACAAAAGUUAUAAAUGAUACCGCAUCUGGUAUUUUGAACGCAGCCUUAUCACUUCCCCAAGCGAUUCAACGAUUAAAAAUCUCGUCCGAUAAGCGGUUCGUUUCUGCUCAAGAUCGUUUCAAAGAGUCUCGUAAGGCAGCCACAUAUGCAUUCCACGACAAAUCUCUGAGCAUCAAAGAUCGAAUUAUGGCUUGCAAGUUACGUGUGGCAGCCAGUAUUCUUGAAUCAGGUCUUGAAGACCCGGAAGUCGCAAUUACUGCCUGCCUGUUGUCACUUGAAGAGCUACAUGGUUUACCAGAAAUCCAAGAAAUGUUCGCAGUUUUUCUCAAGGGAGGACUAAAAACUGAACAUUUAGAAAACAUAAUGUCUGUUUUGUUCAUCAAUCAUGUUUUAUAUGAUUUCGCUUCCAAGUAUAGCAGUAAAUCUACCAACCCAUUUACCUGGCCUGGAAUAGAGUUGAAGGAUCGUACAUUUUAUCCAAUCCUAAACACACAUGAGAUUCUGACAAAGACGUCCAGUAGUAAAGAAUUUGUGCAGCAACUGAAACGAGUGGUUGUUGAUUGGAUGGCCUAUGAUAAAUGCUUUGCGGUGAAUAGCCGUGGUGAAAUUAUUCUACUAGAUGCAGACAAAAUCACGGUUAUUUACAGCGCAGGUGAAAGCAAGGAUUUUAUGCUUCCCGUUCCUACAGAAAGUAACGUUGACCGGUGCCAUGGUAGCAGGGAUAUUGCUGUUGAUAGCAAUGACAAUGUGUACGUUGUACGUACCGAAAAAAAUGGCAAUAACAAAAGAGAUUUUGUGUUGUACGCUCUCGACGAGAAUUACAACCUCAAGCACGUCUCCGUAUUGGUUGUCCUUCAUCCACCUAAGGCAUUAGCAGAAGUGAACAUUGCUGUUGACAAACACCAAAACGUAAUCAUGCGCACAAAUAAGAGUAUCUACGUAUAUAUCUAUGAAAAUACAGGAAAGUUAAAAUCUGAGAUUUUUUCAGGAAGUUAUAAUCACUGGCCGUGGGUAUCCAGCUUGUGUAUUUCUAACAACAAUGACAUCAUGAUAGAAUCAGAUGAUUUCAGCGCUGUUCUAAUAUACUCAACAAAACGUAAAUUAAAAUUCACAAUAAAAGUACCAGAAGGUCAUAACGUCGCGCGGAUGGCAUUUCAUCAUGGCAUUUGUAAAAUAAUUGUUUUAACACAUGUUGAGAAACAAGAUUCCUGGUUCUUGCUCGGUUACUCUGAAACUGGUGAACUGGAGAAUUCAGUGUUUUUUAGUAAGCGAGAUUCAAACCGAUAUUGGCGUGAUAUAUAUAUAAAAAGUCAUCCAUGUGGACCAAUUGCUGUUGGAGUGAGGGGCGAGAUCAUAUUGUUGUAA